AUGGCCAACAUAAUUAUUGACAGGUCACCGGUCCUUGAUCAUAAGGACGAAGGUAAUCCGCACCUAGGCGCAGAAAUGUCGCACGGUCCAAAAUUGGCAGAUCGCAAAAGGCGCACCCGAAAUGGUUGUCUUAACUGCAGUCGCAGGCGGCGAAAAUGUGACGAAACAAAGCCUGCCUGUACAGGCUGCAAACGACGGGGAGAGGACUGCCAGUGGCGUGUGGUAGGCUCAUUUCGAGAUUCGAAUAUCAAAACACUUGAAUCAGAUCAUCCCUCCAUGAGCCAGGGGGGUGCUGCCAGCAAAGGAAAACGCCAAAGUAAAAUCAAGAUCUUGAAUACUCUUCCAAGCACUCCCCGCACAAAGGAAUUGCCUAAAAGGCAAAUUGAUACCCAAGUAGACCUUGAUUAUCCAGGUACGCCGGAUGUUCCUGGGUUGUCUCCUCCGCCGUCUACUGCCAAUAACGGGCCUGUCUCACUGGUUAAUUCGACCACUGAAAGGCACCCAAGCCAUGUGGCUGCCACUACUAGUUAUAUUUCCAGCCCCAAUGCCGAUCAAGCCCAGGGAUUGUCACCGCCGUUAUCCGGGGAUGCCCCCUCACAUGGAUCUCACGGCACUAGCCACAGGUCUUCUUCCCAGCGUGGCGGUAACCAAGACGAUCCCAGCCAAAGUGGCCCACAUGAUAGCACUAGCCAGGGCCAAUAUUCAGCAAAUUUCAGGUGUAACUUUGAGCCGCCUCUAGCCGAUGACGCUUCCCCCCAUGUCUAUCUCAACUCCAGUCCCCAAUAUUCGAUCAAUGGCCUCACUGCGCUAGGCAAUAUCACGCAAAAUUCUCAAACCCAGGCUUCUGUUACGAAGACCUAUCAGUCCCAUCCUUCCCCAAUCUUUACUCACGAUAUAUUCUCUGAUCCAGUAGAUCUUACGAAUGAUGUUUUUCUCCCUGGCUCCACAUAUGAGGCUCUGCAUACCACACUCCGGAAUCGCCAGCUUUGGACUGCGAGACCUGAUAUACCGACUCAUUAUGGCUGCCGAUGGAAACAAGGCCACACCCCAACCCCAUUCAGCGAUUCAGGUUCAUGUAAUAGGCUUGAGAGGGAACCUCGCCGUUCAAGGCCAGGGAGGUUCAUUGACCUCUCUCCUGAAAGGGAACUUGUACUGUGGCAAAACUACCUAGACGAAAUCUGUUCCUGGCUUGACAUGUUCGAUAACAAUCGGCACUUUGCUUCCACGUUUCCCCAAAUGUCAAAGACGGCCCCCCAUUUGCGCUAUUCCAUUCUGGCACUGUCUGCGCGGCAACUGGAAAGGCUACAAAAUGAGAAGUCACAAUCAGAAAGUCUGUCCUUAUAUCAAGAGGCCAUUCACCUUCUUUUACCCGAGCUGGAAACCAAAUCAACCCCUGUCAUUGCAUCUUGCGUAAUUUUGUGUGUUUUGGAAAUGCUAAGCUGUAAUCCGAAAGAGUGGCGUCGUCACCUCGAUGGAUGCGCAUACCUCAUUCAAGCGGCAGGCAUUAAUGGUUUUUCCGGUAAUGAAGAGCAGGCACUUUUUUGGUGCUUUGCGCGAAUGGACCUCUGUGGUGGACUUAUUUCAGAAGAGGAAACCAUUAUCCCCAUUCAUCGAUGGAGACCUCAAGACAUGAGCUGUGUGGAAGCUUCUGGAUUGUUCCUCUCAUCCGCGAAAAAUAAUUUUGACACAUACGCAAAUUACACCGUCUACCUUUGCGCAGAAACACUCGGCGUUCUUUUUGGGGAUGUAACAAAAGCGCCUCAUCCCUGUACUUCAUGCCAGUCUUUUGCGGAAGAAGAUGGAAACUCAUACAUUCACCGUUGGAAAGAGGUUUUUAGCCAUGCAGAGUUAUGGUAUGAGAAUCGGCCAAGUCAGAUGAAACCUAUCUUUACUGUUGCAGUUGUUACUCCGGACUACAAUGGAAAAAAUAGACCAUUUCCAACUGUCUUAUAUGGGAAUGGUGAUGCCAUCUCCGGUAAUCAGCUCUACCAUGUUUGCGCUCACCUACUACUCCAGCAGAAACCGAAGACAUUGGCGCUCUCCAAAAAGCCUAAAUCGGUUUUAUGGCACGCCCGACAGAUAUGUGCUAUUUCUGCAUCGAACGCACAUCAUGGCUGUUGGACAAAUGCUCUUCAACCUCUCUGGAUAGCUGGGAAGGUGAUGUCCCACUAUUCCGAGCAUGCAGCCAUUGUGGAGACACUCAUUCGAAUUGAGCGUGAGACAGGCUGGGCAACCGUAUGGCGAGUGGAAGACUUGAAGGAUUUCUGGGGUGACUAUGAUAACGACGACUGCGACGUUGAUAUGAACUGA